CUUGUUAUUCCGGUUGGUCACCCGCCACUAAACGGCAUUCCACCGUAUCAAACGUCACUCAAUUUUAGUGACUGAGAACGACACGGCCGCGACACCUGAACACGGAAAAUAACCCCAUUCGGAAUAUUUUCGAUUUCCUCGUGAUGGUUACGUUAAAUGGAGUUUGCUGGUCUUAUUUUCGGUCCCGUGAUUGAAUAGAAUUUGCCCGAGCUUAUUGCUAGCUUGUGCAAUCAGCGCACGGAACAUCCCGACAGGAGAGGACAGGCUUGGUGUGUGACCCCCAUGAUCCAGAAGAGCAGUCAUGCACAAUCCAUCACCUGAAGGAGUAACAGAGUACCCUGAAGGAUUUGUGGUGGCAAAAGAUGCCACUCCAGAGACAACGCUGGGCACUGCCUACUCUCCGGUGGACUACAUGAGCAUCACAAGCUUCCCCAGGCUGCCAGAGGAAGAAGUGAUGCAAGGGGGGGACAUUGCCUACAAAUCUCGUAAAGAUGAUGACAACGUCCUCGGCGAACAAGAGACAGACCCAGACAUAUUUUUGAGGUCUGCUCGUCUUCAGCGUCUCCCGUCCUCAGCAUCAGACCUGGCUUACCACGAUAUCGUGUCUUUGAGGGAGACAACCAAAGACCCUUUUACGCGAGAUUGUGCUUGCCAGCGGGAUGGACUGAGUGUCAUCAUAACAGCCUGUCUCACCUUUGCCACAGGGGUCACCAUUGCGCUCAUCAUUCAGAUCUACUUUGGAGACCCCCAGGUCUUUCACCAAGGAGCGGUGGUGACAGAUGUGGCUCGGUGUACAUCCCUUGGGUUUGAGGUUUUGGGGAAGCAGGGGUCCAGCGUUGAUGCUGCCAUCACUGCUGCCCUCUGUUUGGGCAUUGUACAUCCUCACACCUCUGGUUUAGGAGGGGGUGGAGUUAUGUUGGUGCAUGAUAUUCGAAAAAAUGAAACGAGGGUCAUUGACUUCAGAGAAACAGCGCCGGCUGCCAUUCGGGACGGGUUACUCCAAACAAACCUUGAUCUCAAUCCCGGUCUGCUUGUUGGAGUACCAGGAAUGCUCAAAGGGAUGCAUCAUGCACACCAACUUUAUGGCAGAAUACCGUGGAAGAACGUGGUUUCCAUGGCAGCAGAUGUGGCCAGAAAUGGAUUUAAUGUCACUCAUGAGCUUGCUGAAGCUCUUGCAAACGUUAAGGACCAAAACGUCUCGGAUGCAUUUCGGGAUCUCUUCUUACCUAAUGGCCAGGCACCUCUCUCUGGGUUAUUGAGCAGACGGCUGGAUUUGGCCAGAAUCUUGGAUGCUAUUGCAGUUAAAGGGAUAUCGGAGUUCUACAGUGGAAACCUGACACAGGAAAUUGCUUCUAUGGUGCAAGCAAGCGGUGGGGUGCUCACAGAAGAUGACUUUGGUAACUACAGCACAGUCCUAGAGCAGCCAGCACACAUCAACUAUCAAGGACACCAUGUGAUGGUGACUCCGGCACCCCACGCCGGUAUUGGCCUGAUCACAGCCCUCAACAUCCUCGAAGGUUACAACAUUACCAACCAGGUGCCCAGGAGCAGCACGUAUCACUGGACUGCAGAGUCAGUGAAAAUAGCUUUGGCCUUGGCAAGUGGCCUAGGCGACCCCAUGUUUGACACUUCAGUCUCAGAGACAGUCAGCAAGAUGUUGAGCAAAGCACAGGGGUCCUUGCUCCGCCAAAUGAUCAACGACUCUCAGGCCUUCCCUGUCAGCCAUUACACACCCUCGUUUAGUUUGGAGGAUGGUGCUGCAGCUGCCCAGGUCAUGAUCAUGGGCCCAGAUGACCACAUAGUCUCAGUUGUAAGUUCCCUAAAUAAACCGUUUGGCAGUCGGAUAGUGACUCCUUCAGGGAUCCUUUUGAACAGCCAAAUAAAGGCCUUCUCUUGGCCGAAUAAAACCCACAAUUCCAGACCUAACCCUCAUAACAGCCUCCAGCCUGGGAAGCGGCCAUUGUCCUUCCUGAUGCCCACUGUAGUGAGGCCAUCCAACGGGGUGUGUGGUACAUACAUUGCGGUUGGAUCCUCCAACGGAGCGAAAGCUCUGAGUGGCAUCACGCAGGUGCUGCUAAGUGUUUUGUCCUCACACAAAAACAUGACUGACAGUUUAGCGUAUGGUAGAUUCCACCCACAGCUGGAGCCAGACACACUGCUGGUGGACUCUGAAUUUCUAGAUGAAGAUGUUGAGCUGCUGCUGGCCAAAGGCCACAAGGUUGAAAGGAUAGAUGUUUUGUCAUUGGUCGAAGGCACCCAGAGAACAAAUGACCUUAUCGUUGGAGUGACGGACCCCCGUAGUGCUGAUGCCUCAGCCCUUGCAAUGUCCAGGACUUAGCCAUAGUCCACAAACACUGCUGCUUAUUACAAACACUGCUGCUUAUUAAUUUUGGACAUCAAAUAAAUGGAAUGACAAUGGACUAUUCCGGGUGAAAUCAAGCCACGCCAAUGUGCAGUUUGAGGUGAUUUCGCAGCUGUUGCUUGGAUAAAUAAUUUUAAUGCAGUAGUCCAAGAGAUCGUUGUUGGCCUGCUUAUCACAAUUGAAUAUAAUCUGUUCUUCUCCAAACAAUGCAUUCCCAAUGUCUGCCAAGCAGAUACUACAUAGAAAAAUGUAUUUAUCUGUUCCGAUUCAGGCAGUCCUGAUCAUUUACAGUUAAACACCAGACUGCGGACAUGUGAAAUCAGACAUGUAAAGUUUGGCAAACAGGAUUCUUUGAAACUGCCUGCGCUUCUGCGCACAUACAACAUUGCUGCUGUACAGGACCAUCCUUGCCUGGUACCUUUCCAAAAAUGUCUGCCUGUAAUGCAAUUGAAGCUAAUAUUAAGAAUCAGAAUCAUCUUUCUUGCCCAAGUACUGUAUGUUUCAAACACAAAUGAAUUACUUUCUAGUAUUUGUAGCCACUCCACUAGUCCAGCAAAUAAGCCAAUAUAACACAAUAGACAUUUAGGACAUGAGCACAUACUGUCAGUAGAGAGUCAUUGAGCAAUGUUAGGGUACCAUUAGUGCUGUUAAAUUGAAAACUGUGCAAAUGAUACCGAGUUGUUAAGCAUUUUAAAGUAUGGUAAAGUAAACUAAAGUAUGCAUAAAUCUGAUUCAAUAACAGUUGUGCAUAUGGUGCAAAGAGUUCUCAAGCACUUUAAUGUGUGUUAAUACUGAUCAACAAGUCAACAACAUACAAGCCAAGUAGUUCAAAAUUGUUGCACCAGAAGAUGGUCACACCAAAUCCAACAAAGAAAAAUGGAACUGUAAACGUUGUUAGAAUGUGUUUGACCUACUUGCAAGUUAGUCCCAAAAAUCAUUCAAACUAGUAACUGUAUGUACACGUACAUAGUUUUUUUAAUGCGUUCAACCUCAGAUUUUUUUAUUUAUAUUUGGAAUUAUUUUAGGUAGUGUACAUAAAGGUUGGAAAGUCGCUAUUGUCAAGUUCUUGAAGUGGUUCUAUUUUAGUGUACGCUGGUGAUAAUUUAAUCUUAAAUUGUGCAAUAUGGCUUUGAUGCUUGUUUUGUCUGUCCAGUGCCAUGGACUCAUGCACCAUAUGUGAAUGUUUUAUGUGAUUGUUUUUCAUACAACUCAACAUCCUCCCUCAAAGUAAAUUGUGACUAAGACUGCUCUAUUGCACACGCACUGUAUAUAUUUAAAAGAAAGUACUCUACUGUUUUAAUAAUACUGUACUUUUAUGUUUAGAUUCUAUACGGCCAUUCUUGAAAACGUGUAUAUAGUGUACGUAUAUUGUGUACAAUUAAGUUUUAUUUCGUUUGGCUUGAUGUUAUGAUUUAAGUAACUGUCGCCGCUUAUGCUUCAUUCACUUAUUUUGAAAAGCCUAAACGGAAACCCUGAGCGUGCGUAAUGCCGUGUUUUUCGUUAUCCCUGUUUUGUUAGCUAAUUUGGCUAGCAGAUGUCGACAGGUCGAAUUUAUUUCCAGAAAACAAUGUGUGGUAAGACGUUUUCUCCUUGUUAAGUAACAUGCCACGAAUAAUGCGUAGCUGAUGUGGUAACCUUAAAAAAUAAAUAAAAUGAUUUCUAAA